AUGAGAGGACUGACUCUAUGGCCGAUACUUGUCAUUGUCAUUUCUCUGUGUGACUCGGUUCAUGCUAAAGAUUACAGAUUGGAAGAUGCUCCCAAGUGUGCCAUCAAUUGCCUCGACAAGUCCCUCGAAAAACCGAUAUUUUCCGACGCCAAUAUAAAACGAUUGUGCAACGUGACGACGAUUAGCGACGAAGUUCUUGCAUGUGUCAGAGAGGAUUGCAACGUGAAGGAUCUUUUGGUCAAGACGCGAUGCAUUUGGUUGUCGCAGGGGUGCAAAGCUAACGACGCGUCGCGUUCAGAAUACUUGAGAACAGAGCACGUAGCUUGCAAUAGACCAGACAUCGACAACGACCACAACAUCAGAGCGAUAAACUUUUUUAUUCUUGGAGCGAUACUCGUCUCGGUUGGUAUAAGGAUAUCGACAAAGUUCUACCGAUUUACGAAAUGGGGUACGGAUGAUUAUUUAAUUAUCCCUGCAGCUUAUCUUCUUGUCGUCGAAUUUACAUACGUUCUCAGCCUAUGUCUGAUCAAAGUUUCGAUCCUCUUCUUUUUCCUCCGCAUUUUUCCAGACCCGACAUUUAUCAAAAUCAUCAGAUGGACGAUCGGGUUUACCAUUCUCACUACAACAAUUAUUCUAGUCCUCGCAUGCCUCCAGAGCGCCCCUACUGAGCCGUCGCAAGAGGGCUGGGACGGCACUGCGAAUUCAGGACCGCAUCUGAAUAUUCAAGCCUUGAUUCUUUCUCAUGCCGGUAUUAAUGUUGCAUUGGACGUCUGGAUGUUCGUUCUUCCGUUAACGCAGCUGUAUAACCUUGGGUUAAAGGCGAGAAAGAAGAUUGGAAUCAUGCUCAUAUUUAGCGUGGGAAUAUUUCUCAUCGCAGUUAGCUGCAUCCGUAUACCGCAUAUGCUAGAUUUCAACAAAACCCUGAACGCGACAUCCGAUGCGCAGGGUAUCAUUAUAUGGUCCAAUAUCGAAACCGGCGUCGGUAUUCUUGUUGCUUGCAUGCCUCAUACCCAGCCACUUCUACUUGCCGCCAAAACGAAGAUACGAUGGCUGAAUCUUUUACCGAGUACGUCCAGCAGUGCAGAAGGGAUAUUCGUUGAGAGGUCAUUAGUUCCGAUCAAAAUGACAGUGAUCGAUGGAACCGCUUCUACGAGACCAGAUGACCUGGUUCUGUAUGACAGAGGGGGUUUAUUAAGCGCCGACAGACCAGCGAGUGCGAAGAAGGCUCGUCAUAGAUCAGAUGGAUUGGAGACGGUCUAG